AUGACAGCCAACACCCGUGAGGAGCACCUCUAUAUGGCCAAGAUCACCGAGCAAACCGAAAGGUUUGAAGACAUGCUCGACGCCAUGAACAAGGUCGUCGCUGCCAACGCCGACCUCACUGUUGAGGAACGCAACCUUCUAUCCGUUGCCUACAAGAACACCAUCGGAUCCAGAAGAACCGCAUGGAGAGCCCUCUCAUCCAUUGAGAAGAAGGAAGAACAGAAGGGAUCCAAGAACCUCGGACUCCUCAGAGGAUACAAGUCCAAGAUCGAAGGUGAGCUCAACAAAUACUGCAAUGAGAUCCUCAACCUCAUUGACAACCAGCUCAUCGUCAAGGCCUCCAACGCCGAAGCCAAGGUCUUCUACUACAAGAUGAAGGGAGAUUACUUCAGAUACAUCUCUGAGUACACCUCAGGUGCCGACCACAACAAGGCUGGAGACAACGCCCAUGAGGCCUACAAGGCUGCCACUGAGCUCGCUGAGAAGGAUCUCAAGACCACCCACCCCAUCAGACUCGGCCUCGCCCUCAACUACUCCGUCUUCCACUAUGAGGUCAAGAACGACCCCAGCAAAGCCUGCCAGCUGGCCAAGCAAGCCUUCGAUGACGCCAUUGCCGACAUUGACCAGAUCGAGGAGGACCAGUACAAGGAUGCCACCACCAUCAUGCAGCUCAUCAGAGACAACCUGACCCUCUGGACCUCAGAGCUCGAGGAAGAUGGAGAUAAGUGA